AUGACAGAAAUCAACGCCGAAGAUUGGAGUCCCAAACCCAUUAUCCUCAAGAUCAAGAUGCUUACAGACAUCAACCUUCUCAUUAAUGACCUAUUGUCAACACAACCAGCAACCGUCGUACUACUUCCUCCACCAUAUCCUGAGUUGAUAGCCAUUGAAACAAAAAUGGAUUUAACUUAUCGAGCCCUAUUAAGAUACACACGAUCAGGAAAUCAUAUUGGCACUUUGACUUAUGCAUAUUAUCUGAGUGCUUUGAUUGAACAGUUAACACCAGCACAGUAA